AAUCUUGCUUCCUCGCCUCAGCAUUCACGACACUGGCUGAAUCUCGGCUGACCAUUCUUGAGCUUGAGAGCUGUCAAGCAGCACGUUUGGCGAAAUCAAUCCGCUCUGAGAAGAACCUCGGUCCGCGACGAAGAAAUCCUUUUCACAUUCUCGCUUUUCGCCUUUCGCCUCGGGUGAAACUUACUUGUCGGUCAGAGCAAUAGCCGUAGCUGACAGCAGCCAUAGUUUACUUGCCGUAGACGAUACCUCGCCGAAUGACAGUUUUCUUUCGCAAAAGCACCAUCAUUCCUCAAUCUGGCUGUCGAAUCCCCCCUCGGCUGUGGGCUACUGGACUCAUCAGGGGAGCAUAUGAUGGAUAGUCAGCUACGCAAAAUGCAGAAUUGCUGAAUUCGCGUUAGUACUGGCCUUCUCUUACUCACCGCUUCUUUUACUAUAUCUUCUUGUUUCCUCUCUUCGACUCGUCUCCCGCCGACCCCUUACCUCACGCACUGACAGUAGCAGUAAGCGUGUGCUUGGUCUCCCCGCGGCAGCAGCAGCAGCAGCAGCGGCGGUAGGACAAGAUUAAGUGCCUGCAUCACCCGGCGCCAUGAUUGAGGGACUAACCGCGGAGCAGACGCGCACGCUGACGCUCAUCAAUGUCGUCGCGUCCGCCUUCUCCUUCCUCGGCUCGGGGUUCAUAGUCCUCUGCUACCUGGGCUUUAAAGACCUCCGGAAAUUCUCCUUCAAGCUCAUCUUCUACCUCUCCUUGUCGGACAUGCUCUGCAGCCUCUUCAACCUACUCGGCAACCCGGGCGAGGGCCCUCUGUGCUACAUGCAGGGCUACGCGACCCAAUUCUUCUGGGUGGCCUCAUUCCUCUGGACCACCACCAUCGCAUACACCCUCCACCGCACUGUCGUGCGGCACAAGGCUGACGUGGAGGGCCUGGGCCCGUACUUCCACGUGUACGUGUGGGGCACAGCGGCGCUCAUGACGCUCAUUCCGUCCGUGGGCAGCGACUAUGGGCCUGCAGGGGCGUGGUGCUGGGUGCAGAAUGAAACUGUCACUGGCAAGGUGCUGCGCUUCCUGACCUUCUACGUGCCGCUGUGGUCCGCCAUUCUCUUCAACGGCGUCAUAUACUUCCAAGUCAUCCGCAUGCUCUCUAAUGCCACACGGAUGGCAGCCAACAUGGCUGACAGGCAAAAGCAAAUGCAAGGGCCGGCAAGCUCCAAAGUCUCAAGUGCCAUGAAUCGGUGGGGGUACUACCCUCUCAUCCUCAUCGCGUCGUGGACUUGCGGCACGAUCAACAAGAUCCACAACCUCCUGGAGCCCCACCGCCCCCUCUUCAUCCUCUACUGCCUGCACAUAGGCACUGCUGCUCUCAUGGGUCUCUUCAACUCCAUAGCGUACGGCUUCAACUCAGCUGUGCGACGCACACUACGGGAGAAACUCAUGCAAAACUGGCCGGAACGGCUGAGGAUGUGGGGCCCAGCAUCACCCACCUUUUUGAGGCUAGAAAGUGACUCGGCAGAGGAGAGUGAGUUGGCGUGCUUGGGAGGCACGGAUACUGAGAAUGAAACUGAGCCAGAGACGGAACCUUCUUGAUCCGCUCCACUUGUCAGCGAGAGAUACAGCCGUGUCGUGUCUUCUGCUGUGCUGUCCUCAUGACAAGAACUUAGCAAUACAUCCCAACAAAUUUUUUUUUUUGUUGCUGAACGUAUGCAUCUUGCAAUGAGAUCACCAUGUUACUGUGCUGCGUUUAAAUUGAAUGUGAAUCAAGCCCCUUCAACAUU